CUCGCUUCUCCCCCAAUUCAAUCUCGAGUUCACUACAUUCUUCUCUCUCUAAACUCCACACUCUUCUUUCACUCUCUGCUAAGGAAUCAACCGCUUCCAAUAAUUCUGAGGCAUCUCCUCAUGGAGUACUUCGGCAGCGAUUCGAGCUCGCCCUCCACAUCGGCGGAGUACGAGUACGCGACGGUGUCGUCGGCGCCGCCGAAGCGGCCGGCGGGGCGGACCAAGUUCCGUGAGACGCGGCAUCCCGUGUACAAGGGAGUGCGGCGGCGGGGACCCGCCGGGCGGUGGGUGUGCGAGGUCCGGGAGCCGAACAAGAAGUCGCGGAUUUGGCUGGGGACGUUCCCCACCGCCGAGAUGGCGGCGCGGGCCCACGAUGUGGCCGCGAUGGCGCUUCGCGGCCGCUCCGCCUGCCUCAAUUUUGCGGACUCUGCUUGGCUGCUCCCGGUGCUUCCCCGGUUUUCCAGCACCAAGGACAUCCAGCGGGCCGCCGUCGAAGCUGCAGAGGCGUUCCGGCCGUCGACGGAGCCCGACAACGUCGGUACUUCCGGCACCGCUGCAGCACAGAUGGAGAGCUCGUCGGAGGGGGCGGCGAUGCCGCUGCAACCGUCGGAGGGGACUGUGGGCGGCGACAGCGACCAUGGAGUCGACGCCAUGUUUUUUGACGACAUGGAAUUGGGGAUGCACGGUUAUUACUACGCGAGUAUGGCGGAGGCGUUGCUGGUGGAGCCGCCUUCGGCGUCGGCGGUGGCGGUGGCGGGAUGGGGGAAUGGUAAUUGGGAUGAGGUGGAGAAUGGUGCCGACGUGUCGCUGUGGAGCCACUCCGUUUAAUUAUGUGAUAUCGAUAGGGCGCUUCAUGUGCUUUAGUUUCCUGAGUGGGGUAGGAAGGAUUGAAAUGGUACCUAUAUUUUUUCUCAUGGUACAAAAUGGGAAGGGGGCAUAGGAGAUCGCUGGUUGUUUGUUUGAGAGAAAUAAGUUGCUUUGGCACCAUUGAGGCCAUUCAGUCGUAAGGUGGGAACCUGAUCAUUUGAUUGAUUCAUUAUAAUGGUUACCAUUCUUUAUUGAUAGAUAGUUGUUUGGAAAGGUUCUUAAAACGUUUUUAUUUUUUUCCUUGAAGGCUGAGAGAUUUGUGCCUAUUUGGUAUGUCCGAGAAAUUUAGAUUAGAGAAUCUUGAAAGGAACAAA